UGUUAUAAAGGUCUGGACAAGCGAGGGGGACUUUUUCUUGGUUGAAGAUUUAUCGUUCGUGUCCCUGUGCAGCAUGAGAGAGCUGGUGAUAUUAGCAGCUGUGGUCUCGGCUCUACACGCGGCCAGCCUCCCGACAGACACUGAUGUGCAAUAUGAGUGCCAGGAAGAUCAGGACAACAUUGCUACAUUAGAAGCUGAGAGCUUCAUUAAUGACCAUCACCGCCAUGGAUACAAAUUCAAAUUCGUCUCACUGGACAGUCGCAGUGCAGAGGAGAAGACUGAUCCUUGUGAGGUCGUCUUGGGAAUAACUCUAGAGGAAACUGAGUGCCACAUUGUGAAUCCCAAACCUUUAGAUCAGUGUACCACUAGAAUGGAAACACAGACGAAAGUGAAAGCAAAAUGUAAUGUGACCGUCUCCAGUGUUGAGGGAAAAGCAGCUGUGAAGCGCUACAUCUGUGACACCGAACCAGCUUCACAUGAAAUACUUCUGACAAAAUGCCCUGACUGCCCCAGUCUGCUGCCCUUGCAUGACCCGAAGGCUCUGGAAAGUGUGAAAACUGCCCUGCAGAAAUUCAACAAAGAAUCUGAUCACAAGUCUUACUUUAAACUGAUGGAAGUGGGAAGGAUCAGCACACAGUGGAUGUUUUCGGGUCAGAGCUUCUUUGCUCAGUUUGCCAUUAUGGAGACAAACUGUACAAACAAGGAGGCACCCCAGAAUGAAGAAUCAUGCAAGGCUUUAUGUGGGGAUCAGGCUCGGUAUGGCUUCUGUAAGUCCUCCAAGUUUGGAAAUGAGGAACCAGUGAAUGUGGAAUGUGAGAUUUAUGAAGCUCAGAACAUAACUCAUCCAAUGAAACACCCUGCUCAGUCAAGAAGAGACUGUAAAUUCCAUGGUCCACCACCAGGACAUCGUCCAGGACAUGUUCACCCGCAUCGCCCAGGACAUGAAGGCCAUGACCACAAGGACACAUUUCCUGGUCAUAGGGGGCGUCCAGAACACGCAGACCAUGACCACAAGGACAAAACACCAGACCAAAGGGGGCGUCCAGAACACGCAGGCCAUGACCACAAGGACAAAACACCAGACCAAAGGGGGCGUCCAGAACACGCAGGCCAUGACCACAAGGACAAAACACCAGACCAAAGGGGGCGUCCAGAACACGCAGGCCAUGACCACAAGGACAAAACACCAGACCAAAGGGGGCGUCCAGAACAUGCAGGCCAUGACCACAAGGACAAAAAACAUGAUCAUAGGGGCCACCCGGAACAUCCACACCUCUGUCCAAAAGGCCCUUCAGGAGUUCCAGAAUCAGCACCUGAGGGCCGCCAUGAGUUCCCAUGCCAUGGCUUUGUAAAAAUACCCCCCGCUAUUUAUCCAAUCUGCCCCUUCCCUCCACCACGUCUCUGCAGAGGCCCUCCAGACUUUAUACGUCCUCGUCCUCCUCCUCAGUAACUAACACUAAAAUCUAUGGAGGAACAUUCAGAUUUCAUCCCAUGUUGCAGGGUUUGAAAGAGUAAACAUUCAAAACUCCAGAAUGUUCAGUCCAAUAAAUAUUAUUUACUGAC